AGGACACUCGCGAUCGCGGAGCGAACCUAAACAAGCUGGCCACAGGAGCGACACUUUUUACCAUACACAGAUGGUGCGAUCGAUCGACUCUCCCGCCGGCGUCGGCGCUGGCGGAUCGCUGGCGUGUGCAGUACCGAUGUGUGGCAGGGUGUGGGCGUGCGUCGGCUCCAGCCGGCGACGUCAUUGGCUGCUGCUGUGCGCCGCCGCGCCGCUGCUUCUCUUCCUGCUCUGGCUGGUGUGGUGGCGUCCCGACCCGGCGCUCGUGGCCGUCUUCUACCCUGCCGCCGCUGAGCGCGGGCCUCCUCUUGCGGCCGUCGACUCGGAGCGCUGGCUGACUGUGCCUGUGGCGCCGCCGCUCCCGCCCGACGGCUGUAUCUUCCUGCUGGAGACGUCGGGCCGGCGCCACAUCACCCCGCGCGAGUGGUGCACCGUUGAGUCGGCGGCGUCCGCGCACCCGAGCAUGCUCGUCGUGUUGCUAGCCGCAGCGCCACGCCUGCGCCGCUCCGCGCUCACCGACCGGCUGCUGGAGCGCAAUAACACAAUCCUGGCGCGGCUCGACUUUGGGUCGCUGUUCGCCGACACGCCGUUCGAGCGGUGGUACCAGAGUCGCGCCGUGCUGCGGUCGCCCUGGCCGGCGGUCCACAUGAGCGACGCGGCGCGCGUUGCAGUGCUGUUGCACCACGGCGGCAUCUACCUCGAUACGGACGUAAUUGUACGCCGCUCACUGGCCGCGCUGGACGAUGGUGCAGGCCUGGAGUCGGAGCGAGCCGUGGCGUCGGGUGUGCUCAAGUUCAGCCGCGACUCGGCCGUGCCGCGGCUGCUGGCGAGCCGCCUGACAGAGGGCUACGACCCGUACAACUGGGGACACAACGGGCCCGGCGUCGUCACCAAGGUGCUCAUCGAGGGCUGUGGCCUCCGACCCGCCGCUGGCGACCACCCACUGCGGAAACUACACCACCAUCUACGGACGCCUACGGCUGGUGAAAGCGGGGACGACGUCGACACGAACCAUGGACGCUGGGCCGAACAGUACUGCCCCUGGUCGCUGCAGCAGGGCGGGGCCGACUUCUAA